AAUUUAGGAUAUUAAAAGAAUAGCGCAGCCUCUCUGCCCUUCCCUUCCCCUCCCCUGUUUGCGCUAAUAUGUUCAACAACCUGUCUUCUGUGCGCCUCUUGCUACUCAUCUUCUGGAGGUCAAUCUGCCGAAGCAUCAUGGAUGCGACGGCGCCACUGUCGACGACGGAAUCAGCCGCAGCCACCAGACUGAUUUCUGGUCACCGGCGUCCGCUGCACACAUUUGGAGUUUCUCUCAUAGCAAUUGUGCACAUUUCCUUCACAAAAUCUAAAGAAAUUCGACUGAUAGGCUCGGUGAUAAAAAGGGGAGCUGGAUUAGCCCGUUUUGCCUACCCAUUUGUAUAUGCUGCUGAAUAUUUGUGGGUGGCAAUCCUCUUUUAUUUUGACAGCUACAUCCUUGCUAUUGAAAGCAUGGUUGAGAACCUAUUCCCACCGUCAACCCGCUUUCUCAACAGGAUUGAUAAGGUCAUCCAAACUGUUGAGAUCCUUCCCGAGAAACUCGAAAAUGCUAUAGACAAAUUCCUUAUGAGUGUUCGUGAAGGUUCAGUUCUAGAAUGGGCAUUGGUUCAAGUUAUCUCCUGGUUGAAAUUUUUGAUCUAUUCAUUGACAUACGUUGAAUCAGACAAUGCAAGGGAGAAGGAGAUCGUGAUCGAUGUGAGCUACAGUGAGGUUAACCCUGAAUCCUCACUGGGAGACAAUGCUCUUGACCCUGUUGAAUCUCCACGUAAAAGUGAGACUGUGGAAAAGUUUUCUCCCAUAUCUGAUACCUCACAAGCGGAAGCUGGGACACCAUCUUUGCCGGAUGCUAUGAAGUGCAGCCACAAAGAAGUUUUAGAGAAGGGGACAAAAGAAGACACUGAGGAGAAAGAAGAAGACAUUGAGGAGAAGGAAGAAAAAAUAAUUGAAGAAGUAACUGAGGAAAAUGAGGCAAGAGAAGUAGAUAAAAGCGAUGAAGGCUCAACCAUGGAUGACGAUCGAAUUCUUCGACUCUUCGAGUCGAGCUGGCACAUGACUCCACCAUAAAGCAGGUUGGUAGGGCUGGCAUGAUAUGUUUCAUGUGCAAGCAUAAAAUUUGGCUAUGCCAAUAAGAAAUCCUCCCAGUUGAAUGUAGAUGCCAUGUGUUGUGUAGAUGAAGACGGAAUUUUUAACUAAAUUCUUAAUAGCUUAUUUUGGUGCAAGUUAAUGUACAGCAGGAAUGAAUUUAAGCACUUUUUUCGCAUGUUCUGACAAGGAACCUGGUUGAAAGAAUCAUUAAUAUGAUUUGGAAAAUAAGUUUCCCAGUA